AUUGUACUUCAAAAACAAGAAUUACUUGAAGAAGGUCGAAGAAGGAGAUCAACAACAACACACCAACUACCCAGUCCUACGAUUUCAAUCAUUUGAGAUCUAGCUUGUUGAGUCGCCUCCACCCUGUAAUAAUGAGAUCCAGCUUGUGCGUUUAAUUGUCACGCGUUCGUGACCUUAGUCUCUGUUGCAAGGUAGCUUGGUGAGUUUGUGUCACUCUUCUGGUGCUUGAUAAGUCACGGUCAGCGAUGAUGAGAAGUUCUUCUGGAGAACAUGGCAUUGCAAGCGGCGUGGUACAUAGCUCUGGUGUGGCUGAUUUUGAGCUCGAUUCAUGCAUUUCUCUCAACAUUCCAUGUCACCUCAUUAGUGUAUACUAGCUUCCUGAAUCGCAAUGGCCUCUCAGUUAGUCCUGGUCAUUUCAGAAUUUACUGGAGUGGCUGUGGUACUUGGGUACAUCGCCUAGCCACGAUUCCCGGUCUCCGCACCUGGUUUAAUGCUGGUAGCGUUGUCAGCGCCAUACUUCUGAUCGCUUCCUUACCUGUUCUGGCUGUUUUGCUCCUGCAAACCUUCCAACAGCCACCUGAGCAAGCAAUCCUAAAACCAGUUAUUCCCGGGGUCAAUGUGCCAUGGAGCCAGAUGGUAUACGUCGCCUUGACGAUUUUUGUGUGUGCUGUGCUACAUGAACUUGGUCAUGCCGUCGCAGCUGUGAAAGAGCAAGUGCGCGUUGAUGGCUACGGCGUGUUCGUGUUUCUCAUCUAUCCCGGCGCGUUUGUUGAUCUUCAUGAAGAGCACAUGGCCGUCAUAUCCACUCUUAGGCGACUGAGGAUCUAUUCAGCCGGUGUCUGGCAUAACUUUGUGCUGGCUGCACUUGGUGGUGCGUUAGUGGUGUGCAUGCCAACGCUAAUGUCCCCGCUCUUUGCAACUGGACAAGGUGCUGUAGUCGUCAAUGUCAAGCAGGAAUCCGCACUGUAUGGGGCGCUGCCUGUUGGCACACAAAUCACUCAGAUCAGUGGCUGCCCAAUUGAAUCGGUCCCUCACUUUGCCAGCUGCAUCCGGCGCAUCUAUUCUAUGGACAUUGGUUAUUGCCUGCGCUUGGACCAUGUCCAAAAGCAGCAACGGCUGCAGAACCACCCGAUUGGGAGCGAGUCCACGCAAGCACCACACGAUUGCUGUGGACCUAGUCAGUCUGAUGUGUGCUUUGCCUAUGAGAGCAGUCAAAUGCACCAGGGGUCGGUGUGCCUGAAUGCACGGAACGUUACAGCUAACAGGAUUUGUCGCUCUGCUCGGCACUGUAUUUCCCACAAUGAUGACAUCAACCAACUUCCAAUGGUGUUAGGUAGUCUGCCAUUUGUGUGUGCCAAGCCUCAGCUGGACCCCACCAGCCGCCUUCUCCGAAUCCAGCACUCCUUGGGAGAGGAUGUCAUGUUUGAGGGAAAUCCUUAUUUAGUAUUUUAUCAAGUGCAUGCUACCAACUACAGCCCGCGCUGGCGGUGGGCCUCCUCUUUACGCUACCUGCCUGUGUUCCUGGAGUUCUGCGGUGUGUACUUGAUGUCCAUUUCUUCAGCUCUCUGUUUUCUGAACGUGGUACCUGUCUAUUAUCUUGACGGUCACUGGGUGUUGAUCACCCUAAUCGAACACUUCCUGCCAGCUUAUGUUCCCAGCCAGCGCGCUCGGAACAAAUUUGCGCACGCUGUGCUGACAAUCGGCACUAUACUGCUCUCAGCCAAUGUCCUUGUGGCAUUGGUUGGUGUUCUAAGAUAACACCUACUGUCUUGUUGAGGCUCUGCUCGGUUGGGACUCUCGUUGCAAACAUGUCGUUGCAGGUCAACGGUGCCGCAGCCUCGCAGUGUCUCGAUCUUCAUUAUCAUGAGACAGGAACAAUGAAUGGAGCUUUAUCUCUUGAGAAUGUUGGAAUAUACGGUCCUACUUGAUACACUUUAGUGCAAAUCAUACGAUCAUGUCAUGUUAGAUUCUAUCUUUCAAUCUGUCGCCAGCAAAUCCCUUGGUUUUUGGCUGAAUUAUUUUGAUGACCAACCUACACGAAUUAGUGAAAUGAGUUUCAUGAGAUGCUUUCCAUACACUCCAGGAAUUUCUAGCUUCCGGGUGUAGCUUCUGUCGUGGUUCUGUUUACAACACUAGAUGUGCUAACCUGUGGCAGUACUGUUGCAAAAUUCCGUUCGAGAAUUAUUUGCGCUCGUUGUAUUUGGUUCUUGUCCUGUAGAGUCCAAUGUCUGAUGUCAUAAUGGUCUAAGUGUACGUGCGAGUGUGGUGUGAUGUGUGACGCGUAUGGUAUGUGGUGCAUAACUUACAAGAGUACGCGUUGUCAGGCCAGGGUGUGAGAAUCUGCUUCCGUCUAUGCGAGAGUGACUGUCAAGUGAAUGUCGUGCAUGCGCAGUGCUAGUUUGGACUGGGAGUGAGAGUGAUGUGUGAUUCGUCCGUGGCCCGGUCUGGUUGUCUUGUUGGUCUUGGUCAUGUGUUCUGUACUUUGAAGUACAUAUUGGUCGUCCCGAUUUGUCUCCGCUUUAUUACUGCUUGUUCUUUGUUGUUUCUUGGUGUCUUUUCCCGUUGUCUUUUUGUUGAGUCUUGUUUCGUCUUUCUCCUCCUGCGCCCUUGCCGUUUAUUGUUGAGAAGUGAAUAUUGAAACUAACAGAACGGUGUGUUGUCUUUUGGCGGGGGCCAGGGGGAGAAGGCAUUUCCAUUUCAGUACUCCUCAAUCGAUCACAGACACCUGUUCAUGGUGUCUUUGUACUUGUUCAGCAUACUAGCACAUGACUUCUAUACUCAGUCUCCCUGCCCAUUCUAUCAUCAUCGUCUGCUGCAUCCAUUACAACUCUCUGAGUAAUGCAGAACACUCAAAUCCUAUUACCGGUAUAUUAUAGGAUUGCCACAAACACUGACAUAUCCUCAAAUGUCUCGAUGGGUCAAGGGAAAAAUACUGCGACUCUUACAAAUUCUGAAGUGAGCGAACUGAUGCUGCAUAUGCUGCUGCAAGCGCUGCCCAUCUACCUUACAGUGAAAUUUAGCCUUUUUUCUUUCUUUUUUAGGCACACCAUUUGAAGUUUUGAACCGUUGA